AUGAAGUGGUACCUCGAUAGGUACCUUUUCCCCCUCUCCGGACGUCCCUGGUUUCCUACGCUGCUGACAGCACCGCGGCGUCGCGUUCGGCCAUGGCUAACUCGAUUCAGUACACACCGCGUCUCACCUUACGAAACACCUGACUAUCGCGAACGUCCGCCAGUCGGUGCGCGCACUAAUUGUUUCCAUCCCGUAUCAACAAGUAUUCUGUGUCUGUCAUCGAAAGAAGUGACAACCGCGUGA